GUGCCAAGCGAGAUACGAUCCGAGAGAGAGAGAGAGGAGAGAGAGAGAGAGAGAGAGAGAGAGAGGUUGUGAAAAGACCGGCAGGAGGAGUGGGACUUCCUAUUAGGACACUAGCGACUCUUAAAUCCAGCCGCGCUCCUCUAUUUUUACGCAGGAGAUUUGAAGAAACAAACAACAAAACAGGAGGAGCUGUGAUUGGAGAAAAGUAUCCUUCCAUCGCCUGCGUUUUCACAUCUUUUUUAAAUUCUUCUCAGCGGCAGAGCCACUAGAGGACCGGGGGACCCUUAACCAUGAUAAGGGCUGUGGAUGUUGCGCUGACCGUGCUGCUCGCCGCGUCCCUGUCGUGCCGGAGCACCCUCGGCGGCUACGGGAUGAGCCUGUUCGCGGCGCAGACCUCUCCGCCGGACCCCUGCUACGACGAGCACGGCAACCCGCGGCGUUGCAUCCCGGACUUUGUCAACUCUGCCUUCGGGAAGGAGGUGAAGGUGUCCAGCACCUGCGGCAAGACGGCCAGCCGCUACUGCGUGGUGACAUCGGCAGAGAAGGGAGACGAGAGGACCAGAAACUGUCACACCUGCGACGCCUCGGACCCCAAGAAGUACCACCCUCCGGCGUACCUGACGGACCUCAACAACCCUCACAACCUCACCUGCUGGCAGUCCGAGAACUUCAUCCAGUACCCGCAAAAUGUCACCCUGACUCUGUCCCUCGGCAAGAAGUUCGAGGUCACUUACGUGAGCCUGCAGUUCUGCUCGCCCCGACCCGAAUCCAUGGUUAUUUACAAGUCCAUGGACUACGGUAAAACUUGGGUACCCUUUCAGUUUUACUCGACCCAGUGCAGGAAGAUGUACAACAAGCCAAACAGGGCAGUCAUCACGAAGCAGAACGAGCAGGAGGCCGUCUGCACGGACUCCCACACCGACAUGUACCCUCUGACCGGUGGGCUCAUCGCCUUCAGCACCCUGGACGGCAGACCGUCGGCGCACGACUUCGACAACUCCCCUGUGCUGCAGGACUGGGUGACGGCCACCGACAUCAAAGUCAUCUUCAGCCGGUUGCACACUUUCGGCGACGAGAACGAGGACGACUCGGAGCUUGCUCGGGACUCGUACUUCUACGCCGUGUCGGACCUGCAGGUCGGAGGGAGAUGCAAGUGCAACGGGCACGCGUCUCGGUGCGUCAAGGACCGGGACGGGAGUCUGGUGUGUGAGUGCAAGCACAACACCGCCGGGCCGGAGUGCGACAGGUGCAAACCUUUCCACUACGACAGACCGUGGCAGAGAGCCACAGCCAGGGAGGCCAACGAGUGUGUCGCCUGUAACUGCAACCUUCAUGCCCGAAGGUGUCGUUUCAACAUGGAGCUGUACAAGCUGUCGGGGAGGAAGAGCGGAGGAGUCUGCCUCAACUGUCGCCACAACACAGCGGGUCGCCACUGCCACUACUGCAAGGAGGGCUACUACAGAGACCUGUCCAAACCCAUCUCACACAGGAAAGCCUGCAAAGCAUGUGAUUGCCAUCCCGUGGGUGCUGCUGGCAAAACCUGUAACCAAACCACAGGACAAUGUCCCUGUAAAGACGGCGUGACUGGUAUCACGUGCAACCGCUGUGCUAAAGGCUACCAGCAGAGCCGCUCGCCCAUUGCCCCCUGCAUAAAAGAGAUUCCAGUUGCUCCCCCCACAACCCCAUCCACCAGCACGGAGGAGCCAUCAGACUGUGACUCUUAUUGUAAGGCGUCUAAAGGCAAACUGAAAAUCAACAUGAAGAAGUACUGCAAGAAAGAUUAUGCCGUCCAGGUGCACAUCCUAAAGGCAGACAAGGCCGGCGAGUGGUGGAAAUUCACCGUCAACAUCAUCUCGGUCUACAAGCAGGGCGAGAGCCGCAUCCGCCGUGGGGACCAGUUCCUGUGGGUCCGUGCCAAAGACGUGGCCUGCAAGUGCCCCAAGAUCAAGCCCGGGAAGAAGUACCUGCUGCUGGGCAACGACGAGGACUCCCCCGGCCAGAGCGGAGUGGUGGCUGACAAAGGUAGCCUGGUUAUCCAGUGGAGGGACACGUGGGCCCGCAGGCUCAGGAAGUUCCAGCAGCGGGAGAAGAAAGGCAAGUGCAAGAAGCCAUAGGCAGAGAAGAUGCCGAGGAGGAAAAGGAAUUCAAGAGAAAAUCUGAGCGGGUGAUUAAAAAAAAAAAAGAAAGAAAGAAAAAAAAAGAGAGACGGACAGAGGACCACAGACAGAGAAGAGACUGUUUAUGUCGCUGCUUUUUUGUGUAGAAGCAUGAAGAGAAUUAUUUAGGAUGAUUUGUCUUUUCUAGUGAACUUUUGUUGAAGGAGCUCACCUUGCAGAUUUGGUUUUAUGGUUUAUUUUACUUUGAGAUUUGCCUCUCUUGUGGAUUUGCCGAAUUUGCACCUAUUACCAGUAUAUAAAGUUAUUUGUGUUCAUUUUCUUUAUCUCAGUAUGAAAACAUAAUAUUUUAUUGUUUUUAAUUUUAUGGACAUUUUCUGCUGGUGCAAAAACAACAGAAAAAGCCCCCACUUAAUAACCACUGCAAUUUUGCCUCUGCAUGGUUUUCUUAAUGUAUCCUUAGCUAAGAAGCAAGCUUGUUUCAUCAAAAGUCUUCACUGAGCUAACUGAGGCAGAAAUAUUUCUCAGAACUGUGCCAUAAAGACGACUGUUUCUAAGCCACAGAAAUGGAUAGUGCAUUUCACUGUCAAUUCAAUUCCCCUGUUGUACAAAUUCAGGUACGUCUGCAACUCAACAAGCCAAACAAGUAAACUCUUGCCCUACAUUUUCAGCUGUCAAGACAAAUUUAGAAUAUGCAGGCAACAGAAAAAAGGAUAAAACACAGUAUUGACUAAAGCAUAUUUGACCAAAGUAAUCUGGAGCAUAUUUUACCCCCCCACCCCCAACUUCACAGGUUAAAUUUUGGUCGUAUUUCUGUAUUUGUACAAACCUGCAUGUGAACGCUUCUGAUUUGCAACUGUAAUGUUCAGUUCUCUAACUGGUGCUGCUGAUGGUACUAAUGUUUAAAUUCCGCUUUUUUUGGGAGGACAGAAUGCAUUUAAAAUAACUGAUUUCACCUUCAGUACUUACAGUAACUGUGACUUAGUUUUUUUUUUUUUUUUUUUUAAUUGUUUCACAACUCCAGCAGGUUGCACACAGAUGUUUAACAGCUGACUUAUAAAAGGACAGGAGGCCAGCCACAUUGAUUGUUAUAAAAACGCUAUUCAAACAUCACAGAAUCAUGAGCUGUUCAUGGGUAGAUCGGAUAGAAAUACAUAAUAAUGUAAUGAAUCUUAUUAGGUGACUACAAAAUAAUAUGCCAAAUGUUUUUUGUUGUUGUUGUUGUUUUUUUCAUUUAAAUUAAUUUCAUUGACAUUUUUGUCGAUGUUGUUCUAUCACACAAUGAUUAGAGCUGUGAAUGUUACCCCGGGUAAGUCAUUGUGCGAAGUGGAUGCAACAUUAGAAUUGUGCAGGUGAAAGUGCUGCACGCUCUCAGUGCUGACAAUACUGACAGAAGAAGUGCAUAUAGUAUGUCACAAGUGCAACAAUGCAGAUGUUUGCAUGAUUUGUCGCUUUAAAAAUGUGCACAGUGUGUCAACAUGUAUCUUUAAAAGACAAAGUUAGAAAAAUGUCCUUGUAAUCGACCUCUGCCCAGGUAAUGUGGAUGACUGACACCAAAUGUGAAAAGGUAUACUUUUAUGUGGAGCAUAAAAAAAGAUAUUCACUGUUCAAUGAGAAAGAGCAUAAUAAGAAAACGAUUUUCUUACCUCACAUGGUGCAGAACGUGAACCUAAUACAAAACAGAAAAAUGAAAACUUGAGCACAAACUGCACCUUGAAAAGUGCUCAACAAUUACUUUAAAAUGUUUCUGAAAUCCACCUCACAGUGGCUCGUAUUCAUGGAGAGUAAUUCCUACAGUGCUAUGAGAUUGUAGAUAACUACCUUUACAGCCCUCGUAUUCUUUCGCAAACACAAUGCAUGACUGUACAUUCACUAAAAGGACAGUCUGCGACCAGUCAGAGGCUGCAGUCUCUUAUUGACCUGUCACAUUAAUUCUCUUCACUUCUACACUUGCACAGGGAGGAAUGGGGUGAAUUGCAAUCACUUGACGCUGCUUGAUUCAGACCACAUUGCUCAUUUAUUUGUGUGCAGUUCAGUUUGGAUUUCUCCAAGGAAUGCAUGGUUUAAUAAAAAGAAAAAGAAAAAAAAACCCCACACUGCUCAGGUUUGUAAAAAGCCCACAUCUGAUGUAUCUGAUGUGUCAUAAAACUGGGGUUCCUUUCAGUCCAUCCCAAAACUCAGCCAGCAAUGCUUUUGAUGUUGCUUUACAAAACUCACAUUUACUAUAACACCUUUUAAAAAUGUUCCACAGCACAACUAACUGUAAAAAAAAAGUGUUUCAAGAUCAUUUAAAGACACAUGGUUUUAAUCUACUGGACUUCCUUUGUUUUAAAUGGUAAUAAUUUUUGAUUCCACUAUCUCAGAGGCGUACUCAUUUGUCCUGGAAUUUUCUGAGUGGACUGAAAUGCCUCCUAGAUGAUGACAAAUUAGAAGGGCUUUUUAAAUCCUGAGAAAUCAAAAUCACCUGGGCUACGCUGAAAGAUACAAAGUACAGAUGACCAAGUUGCUGAAGAACUCCUCAGUAUUUACAUUUAGGUUUUGAUGGAGUUUGUCUUUUUUUUUUUUUUUUUACUGUACAAUCAAUAAAAAUGAUUGUGAUUUCAGUCUAACGUGAUGCUAUGUGCUGGUGGCUUGUCCAGUGCCGAUGACGAGGAUGCACUCAUACGCAUACAGUAUAUUUACAUGUUCCUGCCUUUCAUUGUUAAUCCUACAAUAACGUUACAUGGCAAUGUUUUUUUCUGUUUGGCACAGUGUAAUCUAUAAUCACACCUCUCUAGUCUCUGAAGCCUCAUGCUGUAAAUUUUACAUCCGUCUCCUGAGCAAUGGUUUGACAAGCUUCCUGAUGAAAUGCUACACACGUACCUGUCAAAGCAUUGCUUUGUGUUCAUACUAUGAAUUGUAAAUGUUGUUUAGUUGUCACCAUUGCAAAGACUUUUUGCAGUGUUGUUUUACAAUGCGUACUAAUAUAUUAUGGUUAUUAUAUAUGAAUAUAUUUAAUGACACAAGACAUUGUGGAUUUUAUUGUCUUUAUCGACUUUUUUUUUUUUUUUUUUUUAACUUGUGGUUGUUUAGAUCGUUGCCAUUAAAGAAGGAAAUAAUAACUACUGAACACACCAACCUGGUAGAACUAAAUUCAGAUUUUCAGUUGAAAUAAACUCUUGUUACAUUGAAAAAUCA